GUAUUGAAACAGACUACUGCUACUUACAGCACCGUAUAGCAGCCCUGCUCCUACAUUUUGCUGCCUUACUCUGCCCCGAAUGCACGGGACUGGGGAUGGUCCGUCAUUAACUGUAAACUGAUUCUCAUCAGGAUCACUUCAAAGGUCUCAUCAGGCAGAGGUGACGCCAGGAGAUGAUUUAAAGGUGAAAAUGACAAGGUUUCCACCCCUCAAACCUUGGCUCCUUUUCUGACAAUACAGUCUGAAUGAACCCGAUGUCUUCUUUACUGUGGAAAUAGCAUUGGAAGAGAAAAACAUAUUUUUUAAUCCUGAUAAAGAAGAUUAUUGGGAAGCUCUUUUAAAAAAAAAUCUCCAAUUGUGCACAGAUGGAUUUUAGAAAGUGUUAGAGCUUUCCAAUGAACACUAAUAGAGUACUCUGCUCUUGGCUGGAUUUUUCAGAGAAUGGCAAUGGUCUCUGCGAUGUCCUGGGUGCUGUAUUUGUGGAUAAGUGCUUGCGCAGUGCUCCUCUGCCAUGGAUCCCUUCAGCACACUUUCCAGCAGCACCACCUGCACAGACCAGAAGGAGGGACAUGUGAAGUGAUCGCCGCGCACAGAUGUUGUAAUAAGAAUCGCAUUGAGGAGCGGUCGCAAACAGUCAAGUGUUCCUGUCUACCUGGAAAAGUGGCUGGCACGACAAGAAACAGACCUUCCUGUGUCGAUGCUUCCAUAGUGAUUGGGAAAUGGUGGUGUGAGAUGGAGCCUUGUCUAGAGGGAGAAGAAUGUAAGACACUACCUGAUAAUUCUGGAUGGAUGUGCGCUACAGGCAAUAAAAUUAAGACCACAAGAAUUCACCCAAGAACCUAAUGGAAGCAUUUGUUAUAGUAGCAAAGGAAAACCACCUCUGCGGAAAAUACGUUUUAAGAAUUUAAAACAUCCUACACAUUACAAGCCAAAUGGAUUUCUUAUUUGCACUUUGACUGGUUACCAGAUAAUCACAGUGCUUUUACUGUGUAUUACAAAGUAUCCUAUAGUGAGAAGACCCCGCGCUUUUGGCAACACCAUGGAAAGUGGGUUUAAAAAAAGGGUUUUCUCAAUGAAAAUUUUUGGGAUUACGAAGAAUGAUCAACUAUCUUCUAAUUUGGAUCUAUAGUUACUUUGUACCAUUUUAAAUAUAUGUAUAUAUAUAAUAUUUUGAAAUAUUAUAUAUUCUCUUCAAGAAAUGAACAAUACCACAGUUUGAGGCGGCUGGUGUACCUCUUUUGAGUUUGGAUGUUUUGUUUUGUUUUGUUGCGACUUCUUUUUUUAUUGGCAAGGAAGAAGACAUGUGCCCUUUUGAAAUUUCAACAUGGCACUCACACUGGAAGGCCAGCUACAGGUGGACUCCUGGAAUCUGAGGCAUCAUAACAAUACUGAAUUGAGAGCUUCCUUCUGUUUCUACCAGAUGGCCCAAGGAAGCACAUCGUCCUGUUUUAUUGCUUUCUACCCUGUGCAAUAUUAGCAUGCAAGCUUGGCUUACAUAACCAUACUUUAUAUUCAAUUGAUAUAUAAUAACCAUUCUAACCUCUUCCAGGAAAGUAUUUUUAGAACUACUAGCUUUUCCACAGAUAAGACAAUGAGGAUUCUUGAGGGAGCUACUCCACCAUGCUAUUAAGACUCUGGCAAAAUUAUGGUAGAAUACAGAUCCCUGUAUUAAUAAGUUUUGUAAAUACAAUGUCUUAAGGCUUUGUAUAGCUGUCCUAGACUGCAGAAAUGUCCUCUGAUUAAAUCCAAAGUCUGGCAUCAUUAAGUACAUAGUGCUGUAGCAACAACUCUUAUCAUGGCACCUCUUUCUAUGUUUGAUUUGCUUUUUCCAAGAGUAUUCAGAUCUCUUCUGGUGAGACAGGAAGACCGUUAAAGCAAUUAAGUUUCAGAAUGAUCUAUGUGACCAAAUGCUGGACAGCCCUAUUAAAGUGGUAAAUAACUUCUUUCUAAACCUACUUGUCCUCUUUAUUUGCCAUGUUUUUGUCCUGAGUCAGCUUUAGCCAAAUCCAGAGAACACCCUGCUUAGAGACUUGUAGUCAGCCAGAAUUUUUUCCGUGAGGUCUUUGCUGCCAUCACAGCCAAUAUUUCUAAUCCCAGUAUUUUGAAAAUCAUAAAUUCAUUACUAUAACUGCUGUGUUCUUGGCCCACAAGUUGAAAUGUCAAAUCCCAUUAUUGGGUUUCUGUACUGGUCACUUGAAUGAUACAUCUGGGGCUCACUUCCCAAAAAAAGAAAUUUUUGUCCAUCUUCUCUUUUCAAAAGUUACUCAGAUGAUGAUUAUAGAAAGAAAACAUCUAUGUAUUAUCUACCUGGGAUAGCAUAAUAAUACUAUACAUUCCUGUUAUUUAACCUAUCAUAUUGCAAGUAUAUCUGUUUUUUCCCCAACCCUUCUCUUUAGAAUACAUGUUGUUAGGGCCUUUUAUUAAAUCACCAGCACAAGUGGUCCCCUAGUGUGGAUUUUUAAAGUUAAACCUCAGGUAAAAUCCAGAGGUUCCUUCAUGUUUACCAAUAUAGCUUGAAGUCUGAUUGAAUAUGUAAAUACUCUAAUCAGCUAGGUUGAUUCUGUAUCUUGAAUGCCUAUAAAAGCAUCUAGAAAUGGAAAUGGAAUCCUAGUUGCAAAAUCCAGGCUUUCCGAAUACUUUCACAAAUAUUUGCCAGAAGAUAGCAUAAAAUUCAUACAACCAAAUCAGAAUCCCUUGAAUUUAUGGUCUAUACUCAUGUACCAGGUAAUAUAUUAACAAUUGACUUUCACUUGUAAACUUGAGAGUAAGACCUGAAAUCAUGAAUGCAAAGAAUUACCUGGAACGGUACUUCCCAAAAUGAGGAGGAAAAAAAUCUCCAUACUCAAAUAUAUUGGGGAAAACUUUUUAAAUAAAAUAAAACAGAAAUAUUUACUGAGGAAAUUUUUAGAGCCUUUAAUACACCGAAAGUGAUGCAUGUCUUCAAGAAAGACUAAAGCGUGGGUUGCCAAGUAUAGAGCUUCCAGAAUCCAGACAUAUAAGAUGGCUACUUGACUAAUGGACGGUACAUCCCUGCCUAAUGAGAAGCUACAAGAAAUUAUUUCUGUGUGAGGAUAUAUUGGCUGCCUUGUCACAUCUUCAAUUUUUUCAGUAGCACCAGAAAUCUGGAUUUUUAUAUGAAAUCUCCUAACAUUCUUAAAUAAGAAUAAUAUGAGAUGUUUGCCAUUACAAACUCUGCAAACAUUAUUGUUGCCCCCAAAUUCUCUGAUCAUGUGGCCUUUUCUAGGAGAUGAAUGUUUCCUGGAAUACCCUUUUAAAAGCAUUGGUCCUGAGUGGAAACCCAAUAAGAAGAAAAAAGAAUAUUCUCUUUUCUAUGGCCUCACGCAUACAGACCCUUCUUAUAAUUUACAAUAUGUGGAGUUCACAGCUUCUCCUAUUCUGUAACCAGAGCCUAUAAAUCAAUGAAAGAGUUAGUCUAGAGGCCCAGGUCUGUCAGUUCAUUCCCUAGUGGUCACUUCAUGAAAUAACCUCCCUUGGAAAGAACUAGAAGAAGAGAGAAGGGGGGGAAGACCACAUCAGAAUCAGGCAACCGUCCAAUAAAACAGUGCAAACAUUUGUGAAUGUCAUCAAAUUCAAUUUGGAUUCAUCAAGGCCCUUAUACAAACGUGUGAACCCUCAAGUUGUAUUUAAAUCGGACCCACCCCAGUUAGGGGGAUUCGGUAGCUACCCUGUGCCUACAUCUGUUGUUUCAAAACUUUUAUCAUGUAUUGCUGGUAAUAAAGAGCUCGGUGUGGUAUGACUAAUAAUGAUUUUUGGGCUUGUACAUCAGGUGUGAUAAAUAAUGUUCUAAUGUAAUUAGAGCAAAUGGAAAGGGUUUCAUCCAGAACCCAACUCUCGGUAAAAAGGAAAAUAUGGCUCAUUUCAUAAGACAGAUUUUUGAGUU